AUGGGGUGGUUUGGCCAUACUAUUGAGAUAGAAGAUAAUGCAGAUGCGGUAGAUAUUUCCUCGAUCGAGGUUAGACCUAAAGAAGCUGAGGAUUGUUGGGACUCGCAAGAAUGUUCAACCAAUAAAACUGAGAAUGUCACAGAAGACGAGGCUGACGGGGGUUUACGAAAUUUUAACGACGCUUCCAAGCAGGUGGUGCCUGAAUCACUACCAACAACAUCAGCCUCAAGUAUUUUCAGUUCUGAUCCAGCACGGUGGACAACCAUAAGCGCAGAUCUUAUCGAUUACUUCUCUCGUAAUCACCCUGUGCAGAAAUUGGAUAUAAAUUUUAAGUUAUACGCCACUAAAUUUGGCGAAAUAAUGAGAUGUCCAUCACAAGAUUAUUUUUUCAGAAAACUGAACAACAAUGAUAUUAUAAAAAGGGACUGGUUGAUAUUUUCCGAAUCUACUGGCAAGUUUUUUUGUUAUAAAUGUAUUUUGUUCAAAUCGGACCUACCUGGAAAUCCAAACCUGUGUAACCAAUUCCUUACAGGCUUUAAUGACUGGAAAAACGCACAUUCGAGAAUUUCAAGUCAUGAAGUGUCAAAAGAACAUUUUGCAUCUAUUUCUGCUUUAGUGAACUACCAACAAACUAGAAAAAUUGAUGAGACGGGACUAGCGUUUAGAGGCGAUAAUGAAAUACAUGGUGAUCCUAGUAAUGGCAAUUUUCUUGGGUGUAUCGAUCUCUUAGCCAAAUUUGAUCCGUUUCUAGAAGAACAUGUAAGAAGAUACGGUAAUCCAGGCCGCGGAAAAGUAUCAUAUUUAUCCUCCACAACGUAUGAAGAACUAAUAAUUUUACUGGGGUCAAAAGUAUUGGAAAAAAUAGUUACAGAAAUCAAAGAAGCCAAGUAUUAUGGAAUCACUGUGGAUUCUACACCUGACGUUAGCCAUACGGAUCAACUCUCCAUAGUUAUUAGAUAUGUCUCAAAAACUGGAGAUAUAUAUGAAAGAUUUUUGAUGUUUGUUAAAAUAGAAAAACAUGAUGCCAAGUAUCUUUUUGACACUCUAAUUUCAGUUUUAGAAAAUCAGGGAAUAGACCCAAAAUUUUGCAGAUGUCAGUCUUAUGACAAUGCGGCUAAUAUGAGCGGAGUGUAUUCGGGAGUACAAACUAGAUUUAGGGAAAUCAACAGCGCAGCCACUUUACCAUGUGGAGCUCAUAGUCUUAAUCUAGUUGGCACAGCGGCGGCAGAAAGCUGCUUAGAAGCUGUAAAAUUUUUUGAAAUUUUGCAAUCGCUCUACAAUUUCUUUGCAGCGUUCCCUCAAAGAUGGUCUAAACUAAGGUCUUUGGGAAGUAAAAUUUCUGUAAAAAGACUUUCAGAGACCAGAUGGUCAGCACGUUAUGAGGCUGUAAAAACAUUAUGUGCCCAUUAUGAUGAUAUACGUGGUAUUCUUACAAAUAUUUCAACUAGUGAAGGUAUGAAACCUACAACAGUGAUUGAGGCACAAACCUUAAUCCAUCAAAUGAAUACUUUGGAGAUGGUAUUACUCACAGUUAUUUGGGAAGAUCUACUAAAACACGUCGAUAUUGUAAAUAAAUCUCUUCAAGAACCUGGCAUCGAGUUUUAA